AUGACUGGCAGAGGUAAAGGAGGCAAGGGUUUGGGAAAAGGUGGCGCUAAACGUCAUCGUAAAGUUUUGAGAGACAACAUUCAGGGUAUCACUAAACCCGCCAUUCGUCGGUUGGCUCGUCGUGGGGGAGUGAAACGUAUAUCGGGUUUGAUAUACGAAGAAACUCGAGGAGUGCUUAAAGUAUUUUUGGAAAACGUGAUUCGUGACGCUGUCACUUAUACCGAGCACGCCAAGAGAAAAACCGUAACCGCCAUGGAUGUCGUGUACGCAUUAAAACGACAAGGCAGAACCCUCUACGGUUUCGGAGGGCCAAAAAAACACGACACGUACGAUACUGAAGUUGCUCACAAUCCUUUAAUUGAAUAA